AACAAUCAGCUUAAUAACAUUCCUUCGACCGAAACAGGUUCGUAAACACUUUAGAAAAGUUGUGGGAAUUUAACGAUGAUCCCUAAGUCACACGGCUACAUUCUGUUCAAAGUGACAGAGUUUGCUAUUAUUCAGUGGUGUGGUUCACCGGUGUAACAAAUUGCCGACUUUAUUUUUUCCCUUAAAACGCAGUUAACGCUUAUCGGAUCAUGGCUACCCACGAGUUUUUUGUGGAUAUGACAUGUGAGGGAUGCUCUGGAGCAGUGACUCGGGUCCUUAAGAAAAUAGAUGUGAAGUUUGACAUUGAUCUUCCUAACAAGAAGGUCUUCAUCGAGUCGGACAAAGACACAGAAGUCCUGCUGGAAACCCUGAAGAAAACCGGCAAAACUGUCACGUACAUCGGUCCUAAAUAGACCAGAUGUUAAACAUUAACUGUCCGUAUGGAACAACGUGUUCCUGUCACCAUCCAUUAGUAAUCCUUCUGUCUGUUUGAUUAAUAUUUGUCAUUUUGGUUUUUUUUUUUUAACAUUCACAUGUUAAAGUUGCACAUCUUCUAUAUUUCCACAUUUUCAGACCUAUUCAUUCGUAAUAGUUGUUUUGGAGACACGAGCGAAGCUGGUUGUAUGUGAAAUUAGUCGUACGCUGAUUAACAGAAAUAUUAAUCUCUAAUGCAAAAUAGUUGUAAUGUAACUGCUCUAUAUAUUGGUGUAUUAUAUCUGUUCAUUAUGUAAACAUAUAUUGCUACUGCAUUGUGUAAUAUCUUUGACUAUGACUCUUGGACUUCUGCUUGUUCAACAUAUACUAUUAUUACAUGUAGCCUGAAAAUGUCGGUAAUGUAUUAAACAGCUAAACACAUACAUUUUAAA